AUGGCCUACACUGAUUCCGGUUGGCAUUUCUCAAACAUCAGUCAUGAUUCUAAGUGGUCGGAAUGGGUUGUCCUCGGUCGUCGAGGCGCUCUCGAGUGGCCGUUCAGCUUGCUCGUGUGGAUGCUGCAGAGGGCUGCCGCCAUCUCCCCUUUCUUAUUUGAGAUAGCUCUUAUUGUGAGUUCAUCAUUGCUAGUUGCUUAA